AUGGUGGACCGAAUCCAUGUAGACGAGGGUAGUACAUCCAAUAUCCUGCAAUUGGCAGUCAUCCAGCAGAUGGGCUUGAAGACAAAGAUCAACAAAUCAGCCAGGUCAUUGAUUGGCUUCAAUGGCACAACAACGGUUACCUUGGGCAUGAUAGAUCUCGACAUCUACUCCCCACUUGUAAUUAACUCACAAACAUUCAUGGUCAUUAAUGAAGUCUCAUCCUACAACGGCUUUUUAGGUAGACCAGGGAUCGACAAGAUCAACGCCAUCACCUCCACCACACAUCAUAAAAACCGCUAUCCAAUCCCUAGUGAGUGGUGUCGGCCAAAUCAAUAG